GGACCGGCCCAUCCGUGACCAUCACGUCUUACCACACAGCAAUGCACUGACGACCCACUAGGCUAAAUGGCCCGUUUGGAAUACAGUUACAUCGCUUGCCAUCAUGCGCCUAGAUACGGAGAACAGCCAGACACCCUCCAAAACGGCCCCCAAACUUCGAUUGGCUUGUUCGGCUGGCGUGUCUGGUCCUCUGCUGAUUCCUGGCCGCAUCCCCCUUUUUUUCGGUGGCGUUUCUUGUCUUCGGCGCAGGAAAGCACUCCCAAUCAUUCCCUUAAAUUCUCACGCGCGAUCGCCUCGAAGCCUGGUCAUGCAGCUUCUAUAGUUUAUGAGUCCGAAAAUGGCCAGGGACUGGGAAAUCGAAAACGACGUUGAGCUCCGCUCGGAGCGAGAUCCGACGGCGCCAAUCAAAAGCGCGGUGAACAUUUCCAGCCAAGAUGCGUACGAUUUGGCGAGGAUCGGAAAGAAGGAGGUGUUGAAGCGACGGUUUGGCCUGACGAGUACGGUGGGCUUUGCCUGCAGCUUGAUGCUCACAUGGGAGGCGGUUAUCAUGAACAUUGCACUAGGUCUUACCAAUGGCGGGCCCGCAGGGCUUGUUUAUGGGUACAUUGGGGUCUGGAUUGGCAUGAUUAGCGUCUUUGUUUCCAUGGGAGAGCUGGCCAGCAUGAUGCCUUCGGCGGGUGGUCAAUACCACUGGGUGAGCAUUCUCGCCCCGAAUUCGUCCAAACAAUUCCUCAGUCAUGUCACCGGCUCGAUUUGUAUUAUUGCAUGGACCGCGGCUCCAACGGCAGCCAUCUACCUGGCUGCCAGUGUUCUACAAAGCACCAUCGCCAUGAACAUUCCCAGCUACCAGCCUGAAGGUUGGCAGGUAACCUUGAUGAUGUGGGCCGUGUUUGCCCUCUGCACCAUCCUAAACACCUGGCUUGGGAUCAUUCUACCAGUCAUUGAAGUGCUCAUUCUUCUGGUCCAUGUCCUUGGUUUCUUUGCUGUCUUGAUUCCCCUGGUCUACCUGGGACCAAAAGCAUCAGCCGCCUCCGUGUUUAAGACGUCGUUUGACUAUGGCGGCUGGAAUGAUCUCACUCUCGCGACUUUUGUGGGGUUGAAAGGGACCGUGGCUGCGUUCGUGGGCACGGAUGGAGCCGUUCAUAUGGCCGAAGAGGUAGCAAACAGCACCCGGGUGGUUCCCCGAUCCAUGUUGUCGGCGAUUAUCAUCAACGGAGUUAUGGGCUUUGCUAUUCUCAUCGCCUUUUUGUUCACCGCUGGAGACCUGGUAUCCAUCAUUGAAUCCAAUGCCUCAUACCCAUUUAUGUACAUUCUCGCCAGCUCGACCCAGAGCAUGGGGGCCGCCGUCGUCCUUUCCAGUAUGAUGGCCGCCUUGCAAGCCUGUGCUGGGCUGGCGGGAAUCUCCUCGGCCAGUCGCAUGAUCUGGGCUUUCGCGAGAGACCAGGCGAUCCCCGGCUGGAAAUGGGUCCGUCAGGUGAACCAACGGACCUUGGUUCCUUUCCGCAGCACAUGCAUUGUGGUGAUCACCGGCAGUCUGCUCAGUCUGAUCAAUAUCGGGUCAUCUGUGGUACUGAACAUCAUUCUCAGUCUGGUGCUGGAAGCAUUCUUUGCAUCCUACCUGAUCUCCCUGUCGCUCCUCUUUUAUCGCCGGUUGAGAGGUGACAUCUCGGAGAGUGGUUCCGAGACCCCCUUUACGUGGGGACCGUUCCGACUAAACGGGUGGGUCGGCACGGUGAACAAUGCCUUUGCCAUUGCGUUCUCCAUAAUCAUGAUGUUCUUUGGCUGCUGGCCGCCCGAGAAUCAUCCCGCCCCGGAGAAGGUCAACUACAGCAUUGCCAUCUUUGUGGGUGUGACCCUUUUGAGCAUUCUGUAUUACGUUGCAUAUGCGCGCAAGAGUUAUCGCGGGCCGACGAUAGAGAUUUAGGUUCGGUCGGCUGAAACCGCGCGCUACCACGCAAGGAUAGUCAUUUGAUUCGUAGUUUAAUUAGAACAAAGAAACUUACAUUUAGCACAUAAGCACUUGCCGAG